UAAUGUAUUUUUAGUAUACCUUGUUUGCACAAAACUAAAGUGGAUGCUCUGAAUGUGGUAUGGGAAGCUGAGUCUUUGUGUCACUAUUCACCACAUACAAUCCCUCUUUAACAUCUUAGCACAUCUGGGGUCCUGUUUGUCAUCUGAUAUGAGAACGCUGCUCUACCCUCAACCUCUGCUCUCCUUCGGCUUGGAUGUCAGCCACAGAACUCAUAUGUCAAGUGAUGAAAAAACACUCUCCCAGCAGCACUGGCUGGCCUGCUGCUGAGCAUUCCCCAUCUCAUGAGUGUUUCCCUCCUAAGUAUCUCCUGGUAUUGAACCUGCCACGCACCCUCACCUCGUCAGCCAGAGGAGUGCAUUUUAGCUCCACAAACAUAUGAUUAAUUCAUGGUUCUCUGGCUGAGGGGCUACACUGAGGAGGAAGGAGGCUCCCUCUGGCCAUUGCAGUUGCAGUGUUUGUCUUAUAAAAAAUAGGAUACUGGGGGUGGGGUGUUAUGCUUUUACUGUGUGUACACAUCCUUUUGAUACUGGCUAAUUGCUUGUUGGAUUGAAGGCAGCCUGGAAUUGCCCAGCUCAAUAAUAGUCUGCUUAGCUUUGAAUUUUAAAAGGAAGUUCAUUAGGAUAUUGCUUUUUUUGUUUGUUUUUUUUUUUCUUCCCUCUGUUUUCUGCCUCUGAACAGCUUAGAUUUUGAAUUUCUUACUGUGAGGAAGAGUUCUGUAAUGCUGCCUUUUUAUAGACACUCAGCCUUCUCCUCAGCCUGCGUCCAGAAGCCAGCUGGCCGAGUUUCUGCAGGUAGGGCAGCUUUGCAAGAAGCACUUGUGCAUUUAACCAUCAGUUCAGCAGCAGACUUUAUGAGCCAGACAGGUUGUUUUAUUUCAGUAGCAAAAUGCUCCACUUUUUGUAGUCUUGUCUACAGAUCUCCUUUUUAACUAGAGUAUGUAGGACUGCAGGCCAUUGAAAGACAGCAGUAUCUCUCUGUGAGAUGAAGAUGAGAUGAUUCACUCACCCAGAGUGUUUUGCUUUUCCUUUCAAGUUUCCAGAUCUGGAUUCAGUCUUUAUUUCUUAACUUUUUUUUUUCUUUUUCCUGGUAUAAGGAUCUUUUAAAAAUGUGUUCCUCAAGCCUGUAGUGCAAUAAAUGUGUUCUGGUGAUGUGGCUGCACUAUAGUUUCUGGAGCGUAACAUAGCAGCAGCAGGAAGUUCUGUCCCAUGGUUGCCUGCUCAGUGGCUGCCAUGCACGGUCCACUGAAGCUUUGAAACUGUGUGCCAGUUGGACAAGCUGAUGAGGGUUGGAGGGGCUGAGUUCAUAGUGCAUGUGCCAAAAAAAGGGCGUGGGCUCCCAACAGGCUUAUUGAAGUAGUGUGGUUGCACUACCGCUAGCCACAGGUUGGAGGAGAGGGGAGUUUGUAAAGGUCCCUUAACCUGUGUUACUGGGCAAAAUGCUGCACCUUCUGUCACCCUCGUAAAUCAUACCUUUGCUACAGCAUUGGAAUGGGUUGUAUCACAAACCAGCCAGCCCUAGAGGCUCCAAAACUGAAGCGUGUGUACUUAAAUUUGUAUUUCUGAAUAGGAAAAAAAUAGAUGAAAAUGAGUUUGCAGUGUUUUAACAAUCAAGAAGGUUAAGCCUAGGGCAAUAGUAUGAACUACUAAAAUAAUUACCCUACUACUGAUGUAUAUGUAUAUAUAUAUUGUCACUCCUUGUGUAUGUAAGUUUAUGUAUACAGAUGUUAUCGCGAAAACAGUGAGCUGUUCCGUUCUUCUUGUUUGUUGUUCUAAGAAGAAAUGUUCUGUUUCAAUAGAUCCUUCUUGGCUCUUUUUUUUUUUUCUCUUUUCCUCACAGUUACUGAAUCGUACACUUAAAAGUGUUCAAAUGCCUGAUUCUGAAAGCUCACCCCUCUUUCCAGCCCUCCUGCUGGAAGCUGCACUUUUGCACAGCGCUUUUGCCAUCUUUUCAAACUUCUGAAGUAGAGCUGUUCCCCAGAGAAUGUGAUUGCAGCACUCUGUAAGGCAGUUUAGCAAUCACUCUGAUAUUAAUUUUCCAAAAACACUGAAACAAAAUCUACUUCUAAAAGCACACUCAUGGCCUUUGCAUAAAGGCGAUGCUGGUGACAUGCUUCCUUUUCUCACUGCUGUUUCCCUGGAGAAUUUCCUGCUGGGCCAACGUGCGUGCAAUAAUUUAUUAUUGCUUCAUGCUGUUAUCCACCAUUUCUGUUUCUGUGCAGCAGAGAUGUGUUCCAAACAUGGAAGUGAGAAAAGUGCCUAGGUACUAAGAAGCGCAGCCUGCCUUUUCCUCUGUGUUUGGCCUUUCUCUGGAUCCCUUUCAACUUCAGUCUUUACUGCCUCUUACUAUGUAACUAUUCUUUUGUGUCUAUACCACACAACAACAUCUGGAAGCCAAAAUAUUUGACCUUUUGAAUGUUUGUUGUUACCUUUUUAUGUAUCUGUCAGCACUUUACAACCUGACCCAGAUCCUACUAAGUCAGCAGAAGCAUUCCCAUUGUCUCUGGGACAUUUUGGACCAUGUCCUGAGAACACUUAGUGCUGGUCCCUUUCUACUAGCAUUUGUUACAGUCUGCUGUGUCCUGUGAUGACUGUAACGGCUAAAAUCUAGGCUGUACGGUAUGUUUUUUUUUCACUACCAAUAUAUAAUCUAAUACUAUUGUUUUAAAGUAGUUUUCCUGCAAUUUUGUGUUGAGUUGAAAAGUGUCAUGCCUGUUGAAGAACAUCACAGCUUGUAGAUGAAAUUAAACGUUUAUAUAAUCAUAAGUUUUUGAUUACUUUUGGAUUAAAAUAAAUAAUGGAAUCAUGACACUUUAAAAGAAAUUCUCACAUUAUAACCACACACUUAAAAGGUUGAUAUCUGCCCUUAACAUCUUGGAUCAGUGUUUUGACAUGUAUAUCAGCAAAUGCAGUCGGUGGGUUCUGUGGUGAUGCUAAAUGCCAGUCUGAGAUAGAACAAUUAAAAAAAUAAAAAAAUAAAAAGAAAUACACAUACUGCAACAGUGGGUAGACUCUGUGUGGCUUCCAAGCAGCAUUAGAAGGUAAACACUGCAACCUUAGGAGGUGAUGUUCAAGCUGCAAGGCUCACAGCUGUGCACUGUCAGCCAUGGAGAUAGAGCAGUAUGGGAAACAAGGAAUAUAGCAUUUAUACCAUUUGAUGAACAGUUAGAAUUUUAUUUGUGGUCUGUUUUAUAUGUUUUCUUUACAAAAAUGGUGCUUUCAAAACUGGGUAGAAUGUUUAUCACUUCUUCCCUUGCUGCACAGCGGAAGUAAACACACUCAAAAAAACUGACUGUAUGCAUGUGUAUUUCACAUGGUGUGGACACGAAAUGCACAAUGUUAGUUGCAUUUGAUGUAGUCAAAUAGCAGCAGCAGUUCCACUGCCAACUAUUGGCCUCAGAAUAGGUCAGAGAGUUCUGCAAAAGUUCCUUAAAAACUAAUGAAUUAUUUUUUUCCCUCUCUCUUUUAAGACUCUGUGCUUUCCUCUACUUUAGUUAAAACUUCUCUUUAAAAAUUUCAGGUAGAUUUUCAGUCUUUUACUGCAUUAAAUACCUUGCCCAAAUGUUUUCUAUGGCAUGAUAUCAAAACUCAGGGGCUGUGCUAUUCCCGAUCACAGCGUUCUAGUAACAGCACUCUUUUAUUGAUAUUUUGCUAGCAGGCCUUCAUGCUUUUGUUCUCUAAUAGCAGUACCAUUAGCUGUGCUAUAAAUUUAAUUACAAAGCUAGUAAACUGCAAUUAUAUAGCCCUUUUUCAGAUGGUUUCCCAGAACACACAUCAGUCCUGCUUAUUAAUGAAGUGUUCAAAAAUAAUGAAGACUAGCAAAGGCAUCAUUCGCUGCCAAAGUCAAUUAAAAUUUGUUGCUUUAGAGUAACAGCUAUUGUCAGUCAGAUGUCAUUAGCUGAUAUCUGUCGAGACAUGUUUAUGGGAUAUACUGCAUGGUGAAAGAUUCCUAAGAUUUAGGAAGGGAUAAAUCCAUCUUCUUUGAUCGUUCUCUCCCCUUUUCUGCAGGGAGUGAGCCUGUCACACUUUCACCAUGCUGCGAGUGAGCAGAGGGCACCUCUUGCUGAAUGCAGUGAGCAGUUCGUGUGCUGAAUUGUAAGCAGUGCCUGGUCAGGCUCUUGGCAUGACAAAUGCAAGCUGGUAAAGAACAGGUUUGGGGGUGUCCAUACGCUCAUGGUAGGAAUAGAGAAAAGGAAUUGCAGAUGUGUGGUCUUUGAUAUUAUCUACUGGGUUAGUUUUUGCACCUAUAACAUAAAAAUAGCUUGGAAGAUGGAUUGGGAGGAGAAAAAAAAAAUAAGGAUGGUCCCCAGCUGUGGAGUAUAUACAAAAUCAAGGAGAAGUAAACUCCUGAGUAUGUAGUUUGUCCAACCUCUUUUUUGAGGAAGGACCAUUGCCAGCACUACGUCACAUCAGCCAUGGCUUUGUCUGCCCGAGCCUUGAGACAUUUCAAGGACAAGAGUCUCUGUAACCUUCCUGCGUGCCCUAAGGGAGUGGUGAGCUGCUAGCCUGCCUCACUGUAGCCAAAAUGGAGCAGAGUUAAUUCAAGUUCUGUCUGCGGAGACAUGGGGAUUAAAUGUGGAAUUAAUUUGCUUAGCAGGAUUUUAUAUAAGUAGGCCUUGUCAGAUAAACCUCUUCUCUUUUUUGGACAGGGCUGUAGUUCUGGUUGCUCUUCUACUGUCCCUUAGAGCACAGCAGAAAUUAAACACAACCCUAGUAGAUCUUAAAAAUCUAGAGUGAAUUUGGCAUUGAUCAGAUGGACUAAAACUAGUAGCAUUUUCAGGGUUCUUCUUUUAGUGAAAUAAUUCAAUAUUUUUGUCCACAGUCUGUAAUUCUGUAAAAUUGUCCUAGUUUGCAGGUGACACAUUGUUAGUGGCAAAUGUCUAAUGAUCCAGAGUGUGUGAAGUAGCCUGUUGGAAUGGCUGUGGUAAGAACAAAAUGCUGUAACACAGACAGGAGCUGAGGAGAACAUUCUUGCCUUAGGCUGUGCUGCCUGACUUACGCUGAAGUGGGAGCUGGUUUCCUUCCUUUUAUAGCCUCAUGUUGUGGGUUUGAGUAUGCUCCACCUCUGUCUUUUUAGGGACACUUUCAUUUAAACUAUUACACUUCAUCCCUUUCCUUUGGUUCUCAGUAUGAUCCAGUUUUUCCAGGAUAUAAUUGUCAGUCUCCUGUUACCAAUGUUUCCUAGUGGAGGAGUGAGCCCUUGCACCCACUGGUGUAGCUGCCCAAGUCAGUGUGGUGGCUGAUGUAGUCAAUGGAGAAGACAGGUCCUCGAGGUAAUGAUAUGGCUUAUGUACUCUGGAGAAGUCUAAAUACAGCUGACUUAGCCUCUACAGGAGCCUUUUCCUCUCUGUUUACUAUAGAAAGAGCAUUAGCAAAUAGAUCUUAGGUGAUACAUUCUUUGGUGUCUGCUAGCAACUUUUAUUAAUUCAUAAAGACUCACACAUUACAAGACCAGCAAUGACAAGAACACAAAAACAACUCUUAGGGAUUUAAAACUGUGGGGAAGACCAGCAGAAUGAGAGAUUAUCCUGAAAAAUCGUGAGAUGGCCUUGAUGGUUUCAUUGCUGAAUAACCAGCUCAUGGUGCAUCAUCCUCACAGGGCCCUAGAUGUAUGGGAAGGGAACUGCCAGAUAGAAGUCAGGAUGUAGUCUCAGUGUGCUGAGUGGGUUAAAGUUCAUUAAAAUCCUGUGUUUAGUUCUAGAAUCCACAUCUCUUUGGAGAAAAACAGAGUGCAGAGUUUGAAUACUGAUCAGAGGAACCUUGGGUCCUGCACUUUGGCCACAACAACCCCAGGCAAUGGUACAGGCUUGGGGCAGAGUGGCUGGAAGACUGUGUAGAGGAAAUGGGCCCGGGGGUAUUGAUUGAUGCUAGACUGAACAUGAGCCAGCAGUGUGCCCAGGUGGCCAAGAAGGCCAAUGGCAUCGUGGCUUGUAUCAGAAAUAGUGUGGCCAGCAAGAACAGGGAAGUAAUUGUCCCCCUGUACUAAGCACUGGUGAGGCCACACCUCGAGUACUGUGUCCAGUUUUGGGCCCCUCACUGUAAGAAAGACAUCGAGGCCCUGGAGCGUGUCCAGAGGAGGACAACAAAGCUGGUGAGGCGUCUGGAGCACAGGCCUUAUGAGGAGUGGCUGAAGGAGCUGGGAUUGUUCAGUCUAGAGAAGAGGAGGCUCAGGGGAGACCUUACUGCUCUCUGUAACUACCUGAAGAGAGGUUGUAGUGAGCUGGGGGUUGGCCUCUUCUCUCGUGUGACUAGUGAUAGGACUAGGGGGAAUGGCUUCAAGCUGCACCAGGGAAGAUUCAUGCUGGACGUUAGGAAAUCCUACUUCUCUGAAAGGGUGGUCAGGCACUGGAAUGGGCUGCCCAGAGUGAUGGUGGAGUCACCAACGCUGGAGGUGUUCAAGGAACAUUUGGACGUUGUGUUGAGGGACGUUGGUUUAGUGAGAACCAUUGGUGAUGGGUGAAUGGUUGGACUGGAUGAUCCUGUAGGUCUUUUCCAACCUUUGUGAUUCUAUGAUUCUAUGAGAGAAGAUGAAAAUGUGACAGUAGAAAAGAGGUCAGGUAGAGGACAGGUGGUAUAGCCUUGUAAAAACACAAAACUAAAUCUGACAGCUAGGAGUGAAAGUAGAAAUAAGUGAGUGCUUCUACAGGAAGAGCAUAAUUAAUUAUUUAGAUGGAUUAAAUAAGGGGGUUGGAUAUGUAGUAUUUCUUGAAGACUUGAGGAAACGACAGUAUUUUUCUAAGGAAGGCUCUAAACAAAAUUGCAGUGGAAACCGUAAAGCCUCUGAGCUCAGAGGAUCAAAGAAGAAUAUCACGUGUGGUCUUACAGUCUGUGAGAGAAAUUUUUGUCAGUUGUUAAGAGUACUAUUGCCUUAACACUUUAGACUUUAGUAUUUGAAAGUUAGUCAGUACACGCAAACAUCAGAGUACUCUGAGCAAUUUCUGAGAAUGUUUGAGAAGACACCAUCCCAUGUUUGGCUUUGGAACUUGGCCAGCGUAUCUGAACUGGGAGAGGGGUUAGGCACAGCAUUUCGGUGAUGAAGUCCAGCUGAUGCUCAAAGGGAAGAGCUGCUUCCAGAAUGCUCUCGGGAGACCACUCUGAAAAAAACCACCAUGGAUAUAGCAAAGAAAGCAAUGAAAGUCACGUGUUCCCUCUGUUUGGCAUGUAGAUUAUACAGGCAAGAUCAGUAGACUUUCACAGCAGUUUUUGCCAGCUGUCUCUCUGCUAUCCUGAUACUCAUGCCUCCAAAGAUAAAUCAAGUGUGUUUCUGAGAAGUUGUACCUGAAAUCCUUUUUGGGUAAAAGUUAACAAGCUAUAAGAUCCUCCUUAGACCUUGCCGAAAACUGCAUUCUCACCAUGUUUUCAGCAGAAGAUAAAUUCCAUUCUGGCUCACUCACUCCUAUUUCCCCAUAGGCGGCUUUAGAAACAGAUUCCUUACCUUGGUCUAAUGCUGGACAGCUUGGCAUUUUUCACCUCCUCUGUCAGAGCUGCUAGCAGAGUUCUGGACAGAUACGGGGGAGAUCUCAGUCCCACACUACCGCCCUUGCAUCCCUGAAGACUUCUCUAGCAAGAAGAAAUGAAAGUAAGUGCAGGGAAUCUGUCUUGCACUGGGCACCUUGUGACUGGCACCUUGGUGUUCCCUAGGAUUCUCCUUGUAGCAGAGCAGCGAGGUGCAGGUUGGUGGGGAGCUGCAUCCCUCUGCACAGCACAGCCUCACUUGCCCUCAAUGAUGAGAUCCCAUGUCUCACUUGCAGCUGUUCUUUUUGAUUACUUAAGAGGCACCACAAAAAGCUGACAAAGAGGUGGGUUGCAAUGUUGAAAAUGUUGGAAAAUGUAUGAUUUUGUUCGUUCUUCUGGCUAGUAUCUUAUAGAAGGAUAGAAGUUAUACCUGAGGUAAAAAUAACAAGCUAUCAGAAGAAUGGAAGUUCAAUGAAAUCAUUCAUUUACUUCAGCUGGAAUGGGAACGCUCAGCUGGUUAUCAGUGGGUCUAAAGGUCAUGAGUGGUGUGCGCAGAGAUCUAUUGUUCCUUAUGCCAGGCUCAUUUGCUCAUUUAAUAAAUGACCUGUUGCAGCAGAUGCUUUAGUCCUUAAGCAUAAGUUAAGGUUCUGUAGGCUAUAUGGGGUAAUCUGAUUGUACAAUGUGAUGUGUUACAAGAGGCAGUGGUAGGAGGGCUUGAAAUUAAAAUGCUUAUUCUCACAUGCUUUCUUUAGCUACUCUGUUUUCAUAUCUCAGAGAUGUCUUGUUUUUUAAUGCCCUAAUUCUUAAUGCUGCAGCUUAGGUAUUUCAUCAUUACACGGUUCCAUUGGUUCUUGAGGUUCUCCAGGUGGAAUCCCCAUAGCUCAAUGAAAUCUCCCAUGUAAAACACUUCAGUAAGGUCUGCAGAACCUUGACAGGAAUUACAGUGAUUUUGUUGAUGGAGAUAUGAAGUAACUGGUUUAUUUUGCAGUUGCCUUCUUCAGUUUUUUGUUUUGUUUUGUUUUUUUAACAUAGGGUUUUGAAAAUGAUGCUACAUAAAGAAGCAUAAAGAAAGUGCAAAGGUUGUAAGAAAAAUCAAACGGUGUGAAUAUGCACUUCUUCAUAAAUAUAUUUGAUUAUAAAUGUUGGUGUGCUUCUAAAGAGAAGACUGCUUAUAUACAAUUUCAAAGCUUGCUCAGCCAUGCUGAUUCACUCUGCUGUCAGUAACAUUUGUUCAGCCUGCAGAAGAGACUCUGAACCCUUGAGAAGAGGAAAUGGGCCCUGACCUGACAGAAAGCUGCCUCCUCUGUACUCUGAGUUACAUUGUGAUGCUGAUAUGAAUGGAAAGGAUAAAAGGAAAAGAAUGGUAGAGAAACCAAGGGCAAGCUUUUGCACAUGGAAGGAUGCAGAUGACACUGGCUGUCCUAGUAGCCAGUCAGUAUCUCCAGUUAAGACUCCUUCUGAUGCUGGACACAGUCCAAUCAGUUUUUGCACCGGUAGUGAUGGAGACUUCUCCAGGAAAAAGUUCAAUGCAGGAACAAUGAGUGAAGGAAACUCUCAGCUGGCUCGAUACAAGAAGGAGACAAAGACAAUCCUUGUAAAGCCCGGGAGUGAAGCUGAUUUUAGCUCUUCAAGCAGCACGGGCAGUAUUUCAGCUCCUGAAGUCCAUAUGUCUGCUCCUGGAAGUAAAAGAUCUUCUUUUUCUCGCAAUCGUGGCCCUUAUGGUCGGAAUAGUGGAUCCUCAUCCUACAAGUCUGGAGCCAGCCCACCUGCUUCCCGUGAAAAGGACCAUUUGUCAACACUGUGCAGAAGUCAGCAGAAUCCUGUUAACAUCCAUCAGAAUUAUGGGGUUUCUUCUCCCAGUAGCAGUAACUCAGGUUCAUACAAAGGAAGUGACACCAGCCCAAUAAUGAGGCGAUCGGGGAGAUAUUUGACUUGUGUUGAUCACCACAGUGCUAAGCCACAAAAUCCAGAGCAGUAUUUGACUCCUCUGCAGCAGAAGGAAGUCACAGUACGGCAUUUGAAAACAAAGCUGAAGGAAUCUCAGAGCAAGCUUAAAGAAAGGGAGACUGAAAUAGAAGAGCUCAAAACUCAGUUAGGACGCAUGAGGGAAGACUGGAUCGAAGAAGAGUGUCAUCGUGUGGAGGCACAGCUGGCCCUCAAGGAAGCGAAAAAGGAAAUUAAACAACUCAAGCAGGUUAUUGAAACCAUGAAAAACAACUUGGCGGAGAAAGACAAAGGCAUUCAGAAAUAUUUCAUAGACAUAAACAUUCAAAACAAGAAACUGGAAUCUUUGCUGCACAGCAUGGAGAUGGCUCAGAACGGCUCUCUGCGGGAUGAGGAUGUGUCUGACGCACCAGGGAAGCCAUUGGCACUGUAUGCCAAGCUGCCAGACACACUCAUAACAGAGGAGCAAGCUUUGGAGGUUGAUAGUGGGGUGCUUCUAAAUGAGGACAUAGCUAAUGGGAACGAUUCAUUUCAAGAGACUUUCACCACUGCAGGUGUUGAGUUGGCUGAUCCAGCUUUCUUCAUUUCUGCUGUGGAUCAAGAGGUGCUUGAAAAUGUUCCUGAUGAAAAACUAAGGUCUUCUAGGAAGGAGGAGAGGAGCGACAUCGUGAUGGUGGAACAGUCCGUCCAGACUGACGUGGUGCCAUAUAGCCUAAAUGUGGAGCGGCUCAUUCAGAACAUCUUCGGAUCUCAAGAUGUCUCUCCUCUGAGCCCGCCUUCCUCACUGAAGGAAUUGAGUGAUUUUUCUUCUGGAAGCUUCAGUGAUUCUGCUAUAGUAGUGGACUUAACUCCGAGUGAUCCAAACUCUGCCAUCCUUUUGUCUCCUAUGGAGUCUCCAUGCAGAAAGGUGGAUUACGGAGUUGAUGAAAAUCGUGUCAUGAAAGAACUUGAUUUUACGGAGAUGCGUGAUGAAGUGUUUGGGUAUGUGAAUAAUUCCUCUGAGACAGGAGUAAUGCAGAGGCACUGGAGUGGCAGUCUCCUUGUAGAUCUGCUGGCUGUAGCAGCCCCCGUUGUACCCACUGUCAUGUGGGUAUUCAGUACUCAGAGAGGAGGAGUAGAUCCCAUUUACAAUAUUGGAGCGUUGCUUCGUGGGUGUUGCCUGGUGGCACUGCACUCAUUGCGUCGUACACCCUUCAAUAUUAGAACCUAAAUUCCACUGUCACUGGGCACCAAUGGGCUGAGGUGGAGAGAGGGGGAUGAGAGAUACAAAAAGAUCUUGUAUAUUCUGGCAGAGUCCAUUGUUUUGCUCUUGAGUACUUGAUUUGCACUAUGAAUUGGUUCAAAAACAUGUUCCUUGUUUCCAAAUGAAGAAAACUGAACCCUGUAGUUCCACAGAAUGUUUUUAACUGACAUAGCCCAGUACUGCUGCCUGCAGAAGUAGUCUUCCUGCCCCCAGUCACCAGGUCCCUCCCUCUGCAGGUGUAUUUCUCAGGCCAGCAUAUCCACACAGUAAUGGGGAUCAGGGACAGCAAAGAGCUAGCACAGCUUCACGGCUGUUUGCUGAGUUAGCCUUCAUCUCCCUUUCCCUGGCCAGUUCACUGAGCAGAUGUACAAACUCUGUGCUCUGCCUCACGGGCAGCGGGAGGUGCAUAUGGGAGCAGAAGACCAGGGAAAGGUGGGAUAUUUCUGUAGGCAACAGUAACAAAACAUUUGUGAAACCACAGUGUUAAGUAACAUGGAGACUCCUUUCCACUAAGUGUAUCACACAUGUACUCUAAAAAGCAUGCUAGCGCUUGCCAUUUGUUGUCUGAAGCAUCAAUCCAAUUUAGCGAAGAAAAAAAAUGUAUUUCCCAGGCAGCUUCCAGCACAUCCUUCAUGCCUGUCUUGUGUAGUGCUCUUCUAAAUCCUGCAACUGCUUGAGCAUUCCACCGGUCUUGUGCGUAUAAGGACUGUAACCAAAAUGUCCAGUUGUUGGGAGUCUUGAAACUGUUAGGACGAUAAAUAUAGGCGUGGAUACACUUUGAAUAUUAAUGUCAUUUUAGAGUCUUAAUGUAUUGGAACCUGGUAGUCAUUUGAGCCCUGUGAAAUACCAUCUAUAAAUGUAUUGUGUUUUAACUUAUUGUUUAUUUAAUUGCUUUAUUGUAAAUUACCUUUAUAAUCACAAGUUCAGUAAAGCAUGUUAGAAAUGUUAAAAA